UGCAGCCCCAAGCGCAGCUGGGAAACACACACGAACCCGACCUUCAGGCGCCUGAUGAGCAGGAAGCUGAGCAAGUCGGCGUUUCACAAGAGCAUUGACACUGCCAUGCAGAAUCAUGUCGAUUUGUCCGCGGAGGAGCACGCACGCCGUGAAGAGGAAGCAACACACGUCCUCUUCUUUUGGGCCGUCGUGACAGACCAGCUUGAGUUGGCGUGCCUGCUAUGGCACCGCCUCCAAGCACCGAUUUCGAACGCCCUUCUUGCACGCCACAUCCUCCUCCGUCUCACGCAAACGCAGGCUCUCAAAGGCUCUCACCUGGAAGAGGAGCGUGAGAACAUGCGACAGCAUGCAGCUCACUUUGAGACGCUAGCCUUGGGUGUUGUCAAGGAGUGCUACAACGAGGACACGGAGGAAACAGCAAGCCUCCUUGCCCAGAAGGACAACGUGACGGGUCGCACCCCUGUGCAGAUUGCGUAUGAUACAAAGGCGAGCGAAUUCUUAUGUCAUGCCGCCACACAAGUGGCCAUCAACGACACGUGGUACGGAGACUUGGCCCCUUCCAUCAACUUCUUCACGGUUCUUGUCGCAUGCAUCCUGCCCUUGUACCCGCUCUUCAAGUUCUUCCGUUUCCUGCCCCACCGGGCCAAGGCGGACAACACGGGAAAACACCAAGCGCGGCAGUUCUUUGUUCAAAACGAAGACAACAACCGCUCGCUCUCCAAUGAGGGUAGUGGUGACGAAGACAACAACAACUCGCCAUCCAGUCUGGGUAACGGUGACAGAGGCAGCCACGCGUGGAGUUGUCGACCCUGGCUUCCGUCACGAUCGUCGUUGACAAACGCCAUCAAGUUUACACGCGCUCCCAUCACAAAAUUUGCAUUUGACCUCUGGUCGCACCUGUCCCUCUGUGUGCUCAUGUCCUACUACGUGCUGGAACAACCGCAAUCCACGUUGUCCAAUGUCGAGUGGGUCCUCGUGGCGUGGUUUGCAUCCCUGAGCUUGGAGGAGAUCAGACAGCUGCGAUUCUCGAGCAUUAGUGGUCGCUACUGGAAAUACUCGUGGAAUCUGCUUGAUCUUGUCAUCCUCGCCCUCUACUGGUCUGGAUUUGCCAUCCGCAUCUCACAACCAGAUGACAGCCAGUUUCAGACGGCAACAAAAGCUGUUCACGCGUUCCUUGUCGUUGGACUUUGGCUACGUCUCAUGCGCUACUACGCCGUCAGCAAGAGGCUGGGGCCAAAGCUCAUCAUGAUUGGACAGAUGACCCGUGACAUUUUCACAUUCAUCCUCCUCGUCGUCCUCUUUCUUAUCGGUUACGGUGUGGCUGCACAAGUGCUUCUGUUCCCCCUGACGGAGUUCUCGGGCCAGAAGGUCAUCAAUGUGUUCUUCCGCCCCUAUUUCCAAAUCUAUGGCGAAAUUCAGCUUGAGGAGAUUGCGCAAGAUACGGACUGCAUCGGCUUUUACCCUUUCUCUGCCUGCAGCCGCCCUGAAGUGCGCCUCGUGCCGUUCCUGCUGGCGGUGUAUGUCCUCAUCACCAACAUUCUCCUCGUCAACCUCCUCAUUGCCAUCUUCAAUGACACCUACAGCAAGGUGCAAGACAAGGCACUUGCCUUCUGGUAUGAGCAGAACUAUGAGUUACAACUUGAGUACAACGACCGCCCGCUGCUGCCUGCUCCACUCAUCUCCAUUUCGCACGUGUGGCUGAUGGUGUCGUACCUGGUCAAGCUUCCGCGCGACUGCGUUCAGUGGUGCAAGCGCCAACACGACAGCAAAACGGCCGACGCCACGAAGUCUCACCAAGGCGACAGCAACAGCAGUGCACGACAUGAGGAAGCCGCUGAAGUCAUCGAAGGCAAUGGCGACGGAAACAACAACAACAACAACAACAACAACAACAACAACAACAACAACAACAACAACAACAACAACAACAACAACAACGACAACAGCCACGAGUACGACAACAACAACAACAACAACAACAACAACAACCAUGCCUCUGGUGGUGGCAAUGACAGAAAGAGCGACGACGACGAAGAUGCGGACAGCGAGGCCAAACAACUGGCGGAGUGCCGGCGCUUUGAGAAGAGCAACAUGGACAGCUUUCUUCAGCGGUUCAAGCAGGAGCAGCAAGACACCAUCGAAGCGCGCGCGCGCCGCAGCAACAACCAGCUGGAGGAGGCACAGGAUGACAUUCGCACCGUCAUGGAACACGUGCGCGCCUUCCGCAACAGCCAGGAUCAGCUCAUCUCGGAAGUCCGCAAACGCAUCGAUGCCGUUGCCAGCAAGGUGCUUGAUGCACCUGAGGGCACCAGCACCAGAAGGACUGAGCUCAAGCCGCCUCCACCAACUGCUUACAAAACUGGUGACGUCUACUACGAUGACGGGCGAACGAAGUUUGUGCGCAACCUGGAUCAUGCACCAAGUGUUGAGCCUCAUGAGCUUGGCCAAGACGAGAACGCGUCUUGGAUGGACGAACCACAUCCCGAGGGCAUUGCAUUUGACAAAGACGCAGGUGGCGUGUUUCGCCGGUCCCGCGUCCCGCCCGAGCCUGAUUCUACUUCUGAUUCGAAGCCUGAUUCUGGGCCUGAUUCCCACAACACGAGCAAGAUGCCACUCAACCCCAAGGGGCCGACAGGCAUCAAGGGUCGGGGCUUUCUCGGGCGCUGGGGCGUCAAUUUGGCCGUGGAUGCCGUGCUGACGCGGUGGAAGCGCAACGAGGAUGGCACGGAGCUUGUGCGCGAAGGCAAGAAGAUGCUCGAGUUUGUGGCCAUUCACCGGAAGAAGGACGGCGUGUGGGCCAUCCCAGGCCGCUUUGUGAGGCAGGGGCCAAAGGACACCGAUUCGGAAGACCAGAUCAAGGCGCUGCUGAAGAAUGAAGCGCUCAUCACGCUGGUCACGGAGGCCGUGGACAUUCACCAGGACAAGUACACUGACGACGAGGAUGCACAGCAGGCCAGCAUCAACGACAGCAUUAGCGGCGCUGAGGGCCAAGGCGACGACAAGGAGGUACAGGGCGUGGAACUGUCCCCGCAAGAACGCGAGGUGAUGAAGCAGCUGCGCAGGUGCAAGAUCAAGCAGUUUGAGCGCAUCUACAGCGAUGACCCACGCAACACCGACAACGCCUGGAUCGAGAGCCAGUGCUUCAACUUCCACGACGAGAGUGGUCGCAUCAAGCUUCGGCUGAGCAGCAAGGCCGAGGUGGCCGACAAGGUGGCGUGGCUGCCGGUGAUGAGUCACACGCGUUUCUUCGCCUCCCACCGGCAUCUUCUGCACAUGGUGGCCAACGAGCACGAUGCCUACUGGCCCGUCGCUCACGAUGAUCAGGACGCCGAAUGA